AUGGCUGUUGGUGAACCUCUGUACAAGCUGAGUUCCGAGUACUCACACUCUACAAACUCGUUUCUGCGCAGCGCCCCAGUGGAACUGACCACCGUGGAGGGGUACCGUGACUUCAUCGAGAAGAAAGCCGGGCCAAAUUGCACGACGGUGCUGGAGGACGACAUGUCGAGAGGUUACAUUGUGAAAGACGAGCAGGUGAUCGCUGACAUCUACGGAGCGGCCCGUGACCAUCUGGUUCAACUGGCAGGUCAUCACUGA